AUGAAUAAUUAUACUACUUUAGUGAUUCAGUCGUAAUUCAAAUAUUAUCACUAAAAUGUUACACAUAUCUUCAUUUAACCUUAAUCUUAAAAUAAGUAAUAUUUUCUUCACAUCAGCUCCAACUUUCACUCCUCACUUUUAAAAACAUUCAAUUUCCCAUUUAAGAGAGAAUAUAAGCUAGCUUUAGAGGACUACAAAAAAAGACCAAAUUACAUCUUACAUCUUAGGUAGAAAUUGAUAACUAUUUUGAUUUCUUUAAUUUUAAGUUUAACUCUACAUAUCAAUUAUAACACACUUCAUAUUAUACGGAUGACUUUAGGGAAUAACAUACAAGGAUGUUGUUGUUUGAUAAUAUUAUUUCUAUUCUUAAAAUAGAAAUUUGAAUUUGUUUUUACAGAGAUAUCAACUUCCACCCCAGUAUCUCAUCACUACUAGAAGUUUCUAAGAAGAAAAAGUAAGAAGAAACGAUAUAAAAUAUUUAUUAAGUUGGUAGUAUUUCUAAAUUUUCAGACAAAACUUCCCUAAAUAUUUAAAUAAUUGAUCAUUUUGAAGUAUGAUAAAUAAAUAAACAUGAUUAUGUGGUUAAUUGGAUUUCGACUCAUCAUACAAAUAGUUGGGUGGAGAGAUUAAAAUGCAUGGAACUAAAUUUUUGGAUCAUUUUCUCGUAAAUGUCCUGAAUUACACACAUAUUUGCCAGACAUGCAUCCACAUGAAUGUGUUUCUUAUGCCUGGAUUUGCAGGGGUAUAACGGAAAUAGAAGUAAAAAUAGAGGUAAAUGGUACAUAACAUUUAUGCCAUCCAAGAUUCCAACCCUACCAAAAAGCAACUGGGUGGUCUCUAAGUAUCGAAGGAAAGAUUUUUUCCUGUGGUAAGGAUAUUAGCUAUGCUACAUUGGUGAUGGAGUUGCUUUCUGAUGGACACUAUAAAUAUUAUUGCUAAAGUAAGUAAAUCUAUCAAUUAGGUUUCGAUUAUGAAGAUAGAUUCUGCUGGGUAACAUACUUGUUGAAAGGAUCUUUUAAAUGUUAAUUGUGCAAAUUUCCAUUCUAUGGAAACGGAAUUGGUUGCAGAAAUGUAAUAACUUAAUACGAUUAUAGUGUAUUACCCCCAAGAUGGUGCCCAUAUAAUUGUAUAAGUUGUUAUUCAAGUUCUGAAUGCGCUAGUUGUAAAUAAGGGAUGUAUACUGUUAAAUCUAAUGCAUGUUCAGUUGGUAAAUUAUCAUUCAAAUAAAGAUUGCAGACCUUAUAGAUAUUGUGA